AUUUUCACCACCUUAAUGGAGCCAUAAAUUCAGAACGACAGUUUGGCUCAAACGUCAGUUGCUCUGAGGUCGACUUUGAGUGAAGCUUUUGUAGACGACAACACACACACACACACACAACCAACAAGCUCUGCCACCAUUGUUAUUUCUUCAUUAUUCCUUAAUUUUCUAGAAAUGGGGUACUGGAAAUCCAAAGUUCUUCCAAAGAUCAAGAAGGUCUUCGAGAAAAAUGGAGCUAAAAAGGCUGCUGCUGCUGAAGCCUGCAAGUCCUUUGAUGAUUCAAAGGAAGACAUCAAUAAGGAGUUUAAAGAGAAGAAAACUGAGCUCCAACCUAAAGUGAUUGAAAUCUAUGAAGCUUCUUCCACUGAAAUCAAGACUCUUCUUAAAGAACCAAAGGAAGCAGGCUUAAAGAAGCACUCCACUUCAGUGCACAAGUUUCUUGAAGAUCUAGCGAAAAUUGAGUUUCCGGGAUCGCAACCGGUGGUUGAAGCAUCAUCAAAAUACGGAGCAGCCCUAGUUCCCGGACCGGUGUUGUUUGUGCUGGAGAAAGUUUCGACGUUUGUUGUCACAGAAGAGCCAGCAAAGGGAGGAGAAAAACCUGGAGAAGGUGAAGAAACAAGUGGGGUUAAAGAGAAAGAGAUAGAUGCUGAAGAAGAGAAGAAGGAAGAAGAAGUUGCAGAGAAAAAUCCUGAAACUGAAGCUGCAAAGGAGGAACCUGAGCCUCCAAAACCUUGACAGCACGAAGAAGAAGAGUGGACAUUCAGAAGAAGCAAGUGAAGUAUUUUGUGAAAUUGUUUUUAUUUAAUAUUUUAUGAAGAAAUUAAAAAAAUUUAACUUUUGUUAUUCUUCAUUGGUAUGAUGAUUAUAUGUUCCGGUUUUAUUGAUUUGUAAUUUGUUUUU